AUGUUGACCCGUUUCCUUCUGCUUUGUAGUCUGAGCUUUCCUCUCAUAGUUGCUAUUCCCGCUGGCUUAGUGCCAGAUCAGCUAGGCUUCACGGGACAUGGAGUCUUCCAAAUCCCUGACCCUACAGCUAGUUUCGGACGCCAUGACAGCUACUUCCCUGGGCCCAGUGAGGUAGGAUUUCCUGGCCCUACUGCGACGGGGUCCGAAGCUGCAGCAAUCGCCACUGCGCCCGCGGCUGCCCUGAAUCUUGAUACCUACCCCAUUAUAGCACCCUCGGUGCGAUACAGUGGAUCCAAUCCCGAGUUCAAUCCAAUGCGUUACUGGGGUAGCCUUACUCCCUGGUUCUCUGUUGGUGAUGCAUUCGGACUCCCGAACACCUCCCCGCAAGUCCCGGAUGGAUGCGAGCUGGACCAGGUACAUCUUCUUCAUCGGCACGGGGCGAGAUAUCGUACGCCGAUGCCUGGUGCGAAUGACUCCGAUUCUGGUCUACCUUCCGUCAUUGGGAGGCCUCACUUCAAGGCGAGCGGCCCCUUGCAGUUCUUGAAUACGUGGAAAGAUCUGCUUGGAGAAGAAAUUUUGACUCCAUUCGGUCGUGAUGAGCCAUUUAAUCUCGGCGUUGGAUUUAGGGUCAAGUAUGGCGAGCUGCUCAACAGAUUUAAACGCCACUUGCCCGUUUUCCGCACAUGUUCACAAGAACGAAUGGUUCAGACUUCGCUCAACUUCGCGGCCGGUUUUUGGGGAAUCCCAGAAUAUCUGACAUCGUAUCAUCAGCUAUAUAUUAUCGAGGCGCCAGGAUUCAACAAUACGUUGGCACCGUACAUGAAUUGUCCAAACGCUUUCGGAAAACACUUCCUUACUGGGAUAUAUGCUGCUGGCAAUUGGUCUGAGCUCUAUCUUGCAGAAACGGUCCCUCGAUUACAAGAGUACAUCAAGGGAUAUACACUUACCGUCAAGGAUGUAUCAUGGAUGCAGGAGACAUGCGCGUAUGAGACAGUGGCGCUUGGAUACUCGAAGUUCUGUGAGCUAUUCACGGAGGACGAAUGGAGGGGUUACGAGUACGCGAGUGACUUAUCAUUUUGGUAUGGCUUUGCAUUUGGAAACCCUGUCGCCGCGGCACAAGGAAUUGGCUGGGUACAAGAACUAGUAGCUCGUUUGACGAAGGAACGGCCUACAGUCUUCGAUACAAGCAUGAAUCGUACCCUCAAUAGCAACAAGAUCACUUUUCCUCUCGAUCAGCCGAUGUAUGUUGAUGCUACUCACGAUGCAGUGAUAGCUAAUGUAAUCACCGCUCUGAACUUUACGACACUGGCUGCAAAUGGCCCGUUGCCGAGCGAUCACAUUCCUAUUGACCAAGAAAGUUGUCUUCGUUUUACCACUCCUUCUCAUGCUCAUGUUUCAUAUGUGCAGACCUUCCGAGUACGAGAUAUUACGCCCUUCUCUGCGAACCUAGUAGCACAGGUGGUAUCGUGCGCCACGUCUGGUCGUACCAAGAAGAUGCCAUUUAUACGCUUCCUUCUGAACGACGGCGUGGUUCCAUUGACCGGGCUUGCUCACUGUGAGAAGCACAAUAGGGAUGGCCUGUGUCUUCUCGAAGACUUCAUCAAAGGUGCAAAGGAGCGUAUUUCGGAGGUGGAUUUUACGCAGGAUUGUUUUGGUAGAGACUAA